AUGAGGGGUUUUUCGGAGUAUAUGAAAUCGAGAGGGGAAUUGGCCUACCAGCAGCUUUGCAGUGAGAUCACAGUCGAGUUCAAUGAUUGCUCGAAACAAGUCCUUGAGAUGGAAUCUCUAUUUUUAAACCCCGAUUACUACCGAGUUGAUCUAGCUGAGCUGCUCAGAGCCGUUCAAACACAGGAAAAGCAGAAAUUGCAUUUGACUGCCACGAUUCAGGUCUUGAAGAUGGCAGGUCGUCCGUCGGAGCGUCUGGUGAACCAUGAGAAUUGCUCAUUUAAGAUGCCAAUGGAACAUGAAUGUGUGCAUCUCCAGGAGAUAACAGAACCUGCCGGAACCAAAGAAGCAGAAGCAAAUGCCGAGUAUGAUAAUGCUCUCAAGGAAGCCAUUAGAGGAGUGCAAGAAGCUGUAACCGCCAUUAACGAACAUUUAGAAGAAGUGAGUUAUGAAAUUGCAGGCCUUGAAAUAAAGUAA